CGUCCCACGGCGAGGCACGGCCGGCCGGCCAAGCAGAGCUCCCUAGUCACCCGACUGCGACGGCGACGGCGACAGCAUGCGACGCGGGGAAUAUGACUAGAAACGCAUUAGCUUAAUCAAACGGAAUGAUUCCUCCGGCUCGGUAUAAUCCCGCACCUUGUUCCCCCCGCCGCCACCUUCCUCCCUCCUCGGCCAGGUCGAAGCCGGCUGCUGCGGGUUCCCAUCACCUCCUCCGAGCCCACCACCACACGCCAAUGCAUCAUCCCACAACGCCGCGUCCUCCCCGUCCACGUCCGGCCCGCCAUGGCGACCGAGCCCCCCACGCCCGCGCCCGCAUCCCCGACCGGCGCCCGAACCCUCUCCGCCGCCUUCGCCGAGGACCGCCGCCGCGAGGCCAGGCGCCGCGCCGCGCACCUCCUCCCGGGGCCGGGAUCCCGCGCCCAGGUCAUGCUCAUGCUCCACCGAUGGGGCGCCUCCUGCCUUCCCAAGAGCAACGCCGCUCUCCGCGCCCGUGCCGCCACCCCCACCCAGAUUCCGCAGCCCCGGCCGUCGUCCUACGCGUCGACGCCCCCGGCAGCGACCCAGAAGGGCGAUGCGAGUGUCGCCGCGACCGCGAGGAGGCCUUUGAGGGAGAGAGAGGACGCCGCUGCCGCCGGCCUAGCGCUGACGCCGACGGAAUCCCACGACAAACCCGUGACGGCCGAUGGGAGCAACUGGAGGAGUGAUACUGCCACCACCGUCGGGAGGGGAGCAAACAUCUGGGUGCGGGUUUCGCGCAAGCCGUCGCCGCAGGUGGAAUCGUCCUCGCGGCAACAGGUGGGGUUGCCGGCGGCGGCGGAGGACAAAUACGUGUGGGCGGACAUGUACCGGCCCAGUGUCCUUGGGGAGUUCAUCUGCAACAAGGCCGUCGCCGACGAGCUACAUCGGCUGGUAACCGCACGGCAAUGCAACCAUUUCAUAUUUGAAGGCAUGCAGGCGGUUGGAAAGAAAAGCAUGGUGCUGGCCCUUUUAAGGGAUGCUUUUGGUCCUGAUGAUCUCAAGAUAGAGGAACGCCCGAAGAGAAUCGAGCUGAAGGGAGAAAUUGCCAAACAUAUUGAUAUCAAAAUAAAGAGUUCAGAUCACCAUGUGGAGGUAAACUUGGCUGAUUUACAUGGCUAUGAGAAGCAAGUAAUAACUACUUUGUUGAAUGAAUCGAUCCCGCCACCAGACUCGAUUUGUGAUCAUACCAACUGCAGAGUGAUUGUGGUCCAUGACGCUGAUAGGAUUUCGUCCGAUCUUCAACAUUAUAUUGGUUGGUUUCUGGGGAGGUAUGUAGGUUGCAGUAAAAUCAUUUUCUGCUGCUCCAAUUCUUCAAACCUUGAGGCUGUCAAACAUCUAUGCAAGGUCAUCACACUUCUGCCACCUUCAUUUGAUGAGAUAAUCAAGGUUCUAGAGUUCAUUGCUACGAAAGAAGGCAUAUAUUUACCUCGUGAAAUUGCUAGUAGAAUUGCAACGAGCGCAAGCACUAAUCUCCGACAGGCAAUACGUUCUUUUGAAGCUACUUGGAAAGCAAACUAUCCAUUCGUAGAGGACCAACCUAUUUUGACAGGAUGGGAGGAGGAAAUUUUUGAUGUGGCCAAAAAAAUCAUGGAAGAGCCAAGUCCGAAGCAGCUGUAUCUCAUUCGUGGGAAGAUCAGGAAGAUGAUUGAACAUAAUGUGUCGCCUUAUUAUAUUUUCUGCCACCUGGUUACUGAACUGAAAAGGGACAGGGAUGAAGAUUUCCAGAAUAGUAUCGAUGAACUGGCAUCGGAAUUGAACCAAAAUAAGCAGUGCAAAGAUUACAAAUCUCGGGACUCGACUUUGAACAGAAGAGAUAUCAAUAUAGAAGGUUUCGCCGUGGAGGGUCCUGACCAAGGGGAGGCCAUCCAAUGCUUCAUAAAGAUUGAAGAAUUCACCGUGCGGUUCAUGAGCUUCUACAGAUCUUUAAUAGCAAAAAACUCAAGCAGAGGCGGUGUUGUAUAAAAUGAUCAAUCACUCUCUCCAUCGACAAAUCCUACCACGAAAGUACCGCAGUACUUUUGUUGAUAAAUAAGAAUGGUGUGCCUCUGAACCAAAGCACCUCAUGUUGCUUCGUAUGUAAAAGCAAAAUAGACAUGCUUUAUCCACACCAUGUGUGAUAUGUGUGAUCCCGUGCAGAACUUCGUAUAUGUUAUAAUCGUGAUGUUCCAGUUGUAAAAAAAUAAAAUCAACUCCAUCCAUGAUCUGGCAAUAAUAUCACAAGGUUAUAUACGAACAAGGAUUGAUAUUUUUCCUUU